AUGUUAAAAAAUGUUCUUUCUACCGAAAAUUUUUAUUAUUCAAUUGGAAUGGAUAUUUCACGUUCAUUUCAAUGGUUAAGUGAAAAUGCUUCUCCAGAAUUACAUUCAUUACCUUUACUUCAAAAAAUUGAUAAGAAAUUUGUUUGGAAUGCAAAAUUGAGUGAAAAAUUUGAUACUGUUGAGUUCUCCAAGUUUAUUCAACCUCUAAUUCACGGAUUUGUUGGAAUACGUCGUUGUCGUGUAAACAAUUUAUCAUUUAAUUUGGCAUUAAUUUCUAGGAGAUCAGUUUACAGGCCUGGAGUUCGUUUUCACACUCGUGGUGCUGAUUCAGAAGGAAAUUGUGCAAAUUUUGUGGAAACUGAACAAUUAAUAGAAUUUGAUGUUGGAGGGAAGUCUUCUAGUUCUUCUACUAAUAAUAAAAAAGUGGUUACUUCUAGGCAUAUUGCUUCCUUUAUUCAAAUUCGAGGUUCAAUUCCACUUUAUUGGACUCAAAAACCAAAUCUUAAAUGGCAACCGACACCAAGUUUGAAAUCUAGCGCUGAUGAACAAUUUAAUUGUUUUAAACAACAUUUGAAUAAUUUAUUGGAUUGUUAUGGGAGAGAUGCUUUGACUGGAAAUCCUAGAAAAAUUCUUCUUCUAAGCCUUUUAAAUCAAUAUGGAAGAGAGAAGAAUGUUGGCUCACAAUUUCGUUCAGUUGUCGAAAAAAUAAGAAUUCCGAGUGUAAAAUAUAUUGCAUUUGACUUUCAUCGGCAUUGUCAGUCGUUAAACUGGAAAAGAUUAUCUUAUUUAAAAGAAGAAAUUAUGCCUGAUAUUCGACAAUUUGGUUGUUUGGAUCGUACAAAUGUUGUUCAAGCAUUAAUUGGGAUCGAGUCACUUCGUUUUCAACUUCAAUAUUUUGGUAUUAUAAAUGAAUCAGUUUUUAAUUUUGAUGCUUGGCCAGAAUUUGUUUAUACGUUUAAAAAUUGUUGGUUUUCCUUUUCGGCGUUUUUUAAUUUUUAUCUAUUUUUAAAGUAUGGGCAGAUAAUGGUGAUAUUUGUAACUGAUUAUACACGCGUUGGAAAACGAACUUUUGGUGGAAUGGUUAAUGAUUUGAACAAUUCUUUGACUCGUUAUUUUAAAAAUAAUUUUACGGAUGGUUAUAGACAGGAUGCCCUAAAUUUAUUUUUGCUCAACUAUACAGUCGAUAGAAAUAGUUUACCUGAGAGAGCAGAUCAUUCAAUAAUUAAUUUUGACAGUAACGGAGCGGCAAUUGCUGGAGCAAUAUUUUCUGUGGCUAUGACACUUUUGUGUAUUUUGAUCUCAGAUAAUAUAAGUGCUUCAUUCUUUUGGUUUGUAAUAUUUAUUUUAUUUAUGGGCUUUAUUUGGGUUAAUGGAGAUGAUUUUGUUGAUAAUCCAUUGCUUGUACCGACGUCAGAAAAAAUUGGAAAAAAGGAUUAA